AUGAGCAGAUCCGGCCAGCCUCCAGAUCUCAAGAAGUAUAUGGACAAGAAGCUCCAGAUCAAGCUGAAUGCAAAUAGGAUGGUGGUUGGGACACUUCGUGGGUUUGACCAGUUCAUGAACUUGGUGGUGGACAACACUGUUGAAGUGAACGGUGACGAGAAAACCGAGAUUGGGAUGGUGGUGUUGAGAGGAAAUAGCGUCGUCACCGUGGAAGCACUGGAGCCUGUAAACAGAGGAUAA